AUGGGUAGAGUUAGAACCAAGACAGUCAAGCGUGCCUCUAAGGCUUUGAUCGAGCGUUACUAUCCAAAGUUGACUUUGGACUUCCAAACCAACAAGAGAUUGACCGAUGAGAUCGCUACCAUCCAAUCUAAGAGAUUGAGAAACAAGAUUGCCGGUUACACGACUCACUUGAUGAAGAGAAUUCAAAAGGGUCCUGUUAGAGGCAUCUCUUUCAAGUUGCAAGAAGAGGAAAGAGAGAGAAAGGACCAAUACGUUCCAGCUGUGUCCGCUUUGGACCUUCAAAACUCCAAGGGUGUUUUGAACGUCGACAACCAAACCGCCGACUUGGUUAAGGCCUUGGGUUUGAAAUUGCCAUUGUCUGUUUCCAGCGUUUCCGCUCAAAGAGAGAGACGUUUCAGAAGAAGAAACUAA